UUCUAUUGGAUAACACGCCAUCACGCAACAAGGAAUAAUUAUACAGUGUUCUGCUGCAGAUUUAACAAACAAUUGUAUUGGGUAACACGCCAUCCCGUAACAAGGAAUAAUUGUACAGUGUUCUGCUGCAGAUAAUUUCCAUUUUUACUUUUGAAGUUAUUGGAAAUAAAGUUGAAGAAUUAUUUUCAUUUAAUUUCAAAAUGUUGAGGCAGAAGUAUUUUUCGAUUUUGUAUUUAAUUUACACAAUAUAUUCGUGCAAAUGUCAGUAUUUAGAGAAGUUUGUUGCCCCGAUACUGAACAACCAAAACGCGCCACUUGUUGCAAUAGUCGAUACGACGAACAUUAGUGCGCAUAUUGUCCGGUCUAUCGAAAGGCCGCUUAUGGACAUUAUCAACACAACGAUAUCGUGCAAAAUAAACGAAGAACUAAAAAAAGACAUAGUUUCCGGUCAAGUGUUGAGUGACGUAAAUAGUCAGCUCGAAACCUUACAACACAAGAUUGACAAACAUAUUGGAGAUAACCAGGUCAAACUGACCGACGUUAAACAGGACAUUGUGUCAUUACGGAUAGACACAGAAGAGACCAUUUCACAUGAACGUGAUGCAAUCCUUGAACAGAAAAAGGAUAUGGCUAAGCUGGUCGAUAAUCUCAAGACAGAUCAUGAUGAAAAGAACAAAAAAUUAUCUAGCAAUGUUGUUUUAAUGCAAUCAGAAGUACAAAAGAAAGUUGACGAACAUAUUGGAGAUAGCCGAGACGAAUUUACUUUACUUAAACAGGACAUUGCGACAUUAAGGAAAGAAAUGGAGAUUGUCAAUACUGCGAACAAAAAUCUGGAUGAAAAAGUGAGGAAUUUAACCACCAAUAUAGAAAUCAUACAAUCAGAAUUUAGGGAAACCAUACUGCCUGUGGAUAACAAUGCGUCAAUUUUAGUAGAGACACUGGUAAAACACUCCAAUAGAUUGGAUGCGCUCCAUUCAAAUAUCCAAGACUUUUCUGGAAAAACAAGCGCAAUACAGAGUGAUAUCAAUAAAGUUAUAUCUACAGCUAACAUUAAUAAUGGAUUAUUAGGAGGUCAUGAAUCUAAACUGGUCGACUUAAAUGCUAAAUUCAACGCCAUGAACUCACGAGUGGCCAUGACAGCUCAUAUUUCAUCAGCUUCAACGUUGUCCGGUAUAAUAAAGUUCGACAACGUCAUAUUCAGCGUUGGUAUCAACAACCUACCAUCAUUUAAAAGUACUGGGAAGUUUGUGGUGGAGAAGGAGGGACUUUACACGAUAUCGGUAGCAAUCUUCUCCGAUACCAAUGGUGCUCAAUACAAAAUUUAUCUGAAUGAUAAUGUAAUAUCGUACACAAGUAUUGCUUAUAACAGUAGUCCUGAUACUGAAAUGGUCCAUACCGGUACUGUUGUUGUAGUAAGACAGUUACGUCCUAAUGAUAGUCUGUGGGUAUACUUUCCUGGUAACUAUUUUGUAUAUGGCGGAUUCUCGUCGAUAUUAACGAUUGUAAAAAUCAAAUAA